AUGGAUAUCAGCCCGAACGUGGCAGGAGCUUCCUGCGAGCUGGACUCGCCGGCGGCUUGGUGGUUGCUGAAGGAAGCUACCACAAAUUUCAACGGAAGCACUGUGUCUGAGCUUUACUUUCCGGAAGAUCAAGCAGCUCUAUCCUCUUUUCUGGGACAAAUCUCGAACCGCAUCGCCAAGCAGUAG